AAUAUAAAAUAUGUCGCGACAAACCAUUCAGGACGCUGUGAAUAAAAAAAGUGAAUGUGUAAAGUUAAUACAAAAUGAAAAGGGCAGGAGUGACGAGUGGAAGCUGUUCGAUUGCGUUAAUUAUAAUGGCAAUAAUGUCGAUUUUGUGUGCUGCCGGAGCUGUAAGCAUGUGCUGGUGUAUAAUUCAAAACAAGGCACGGGCACCCUCAGCCGCCAUAAGUGCAUGUCUCAACAAGAUGCGCUUAAGUCACAGCCCAAAUUGGACAUGUUUGCCAAAAAAGUCGUUUCGACGCGAUUUCGGGAUUCGUUUGCUCGAAAGCAGCUAGCCUUAGUUGCAAAAGACUUGCACCCAUUCAAUAUUAUCGAAAGUAGCGGCUUCCGUGAAUAUAGCCAAGCGCUUCUCAACAUAGGAGCAGAAUUUGGAAGUCAGUCUUUCGAUGAUUUGGUUAUAUCCCGCAAAGUGUUAAGCACUACCAUCAUGGAGAAAGAGUACGAAACGUUGAAGACUCAACGUAUCAUAAGUUUGAAAGACCAACAACUGGCAUACACGACCGACAUGUGGAGUGACGACUACACGCAGCGAAAUUUUAUAACGCUGACUGCUCACUAUAUGGAUGAUAGCUUCAAACUGAACGUCACUCUUUUAGGCAUCAGGGAGUUCUUGGACGAGAAGAAAACUGGAGAAAAUAUUCUCAAAAAUGUUCAAGACAUUUUGCAGGAUUUCAACACACUUGAAACUAUCGAUCGAGCUGUGUUCGUUACGGACAAUGGUGCUAAUGUCGUUGCGGCAUUUAAAAGCUUCAAGCGCUUAUCUUGUGUUUGUCACAAUCUGAACCUUGUCAUGGAUGACGUCACUGAGAAAAAUCCUCUUGUGGAAGCGAAGGCUUUAAUAGAUUGCUGCAAAUCAUUAGUCAAAUAUUUUAAACAUUCUCAGCUUAACAGUAAGCUCUAAAAAACGCUGAAACAGCAAGUUAAAACACGCUGGAACUCUACAUUUUUUUUAGCUUUUGAGUAUAUUUGAUGUAAAAGAGGAAAUAAAAACUCUUUUACUUAAAAAAGAUGAGCUACAGCGAAUUAGUAA